AUUUAUAUCACCCUACAACUGUAUGGGAAGAUGAAGAUAUACUAUAACUAAAUUAAAUCAAAUUUGAUUGUUGAUUUCAGUUGUUGCUGUAUCAAAUGCAUGCAACUUUAACUAAUCUUAAAACACUCAUGGAAGAUAUGGAGAGUAGUCCCAAACGGCGUACAAGGAACAACGUAAAACGAUUUUAUAAAACCGUGGAAGACAAUAAAAUAAAGCCAAAGUUAAGCGGGUUGAAGGAUAUAGCUGGUUACGAGGAUGUGAAGAAGCAAAUAAAGACUUUGUUCGUUUUGCCACUGAAGCAACCGCAGUUGUACUUAAAUAGGCAAUCGCAGAAAACGUUGUUGCUCUUCGGACCUCCGGGAACUGGCAAAACGCAACUGGUACAUGCACUAGCUGCUGAAACUAACGCCGAUAUUUAUUCUUUAACUGCUAGCACCAUUAUGUCUGCGUACAUUGGGGAAACUGAAAAGAUGGUUGAAAUAAUGUUCAAAGUGAUGAAACAUGUACCCAGAAUAUCUAUUUUAUUUUUAGAUGAAAUCGACGGGCUUUGCAGGAAACGGCAUGGAUCUGAACAAGAUCAUAAUAGAAGGCUAAAAACAGAAUUUAUGUGUCAACUAUCGAAUUUCGAUGAGAAUCCUCAAUCGUUCUUAAUAUGUGCCACUAAUUGCCCUUGGGAUUUGGAUACGGCUUUUCUGAGACGUUUCAAUAAUCGUAUAUACGUACCUUUACCGAAUCGUUUCGAAAGGGUGGAAUUGCUUCGGCUGUAUACGAAAGACACAGUGCUCUACAACACGUUUCCUUUCUGGGAAGAUCUCCUCAACAUAACAGAGGGUUAUUCCUGUUCAGAUUUGAAUGAUCUAGUAAGGAAUGCCUUGCUACGUCCAGUGAAUGAGCUUAACGAUAUAAAAAUUUGGAAACUCGUUGACGAUACUCACUAUAUUCCCGUGAGUAAAGUAUCGGUGGAGGAGUUCGGUGAACAUUUGCGCUUCUGUAACUUGGAAGAACUGCCCGAUAAGUCGGUUAGAGCAAGAGACGCAACAUUGGAAGAUCUCUUGGAAUCCACGAACGAAGUCAAACCCACGGUGCCGUUACGCGAGAUCGAGAGAUUCGAUGAGUACAUCAAAUGGCAUUAA